AUGUAUGUUGAAGUAGACCGAGACAGUCAGGGUUCCCAAGUCUACGCAACAUUUAAACGGGGUAUCCUAGAGUGCGUCGAAGAGUCGAAGGUCAGCCCACAGUUGGUUCUGCAAGUGACGUCAGGCAAUUGGGAUGUGAGAGAAGAUUACAGAUUAAAAGUAUGGGCUUUAUGUUUACUUCUUAAAGCUAAGAUGAUGUCAAAAGAAGGCGUAUUUCAUCUAGACGUCGCUCUCACUGGAGUACCAGAAAAUGAGAGACGCACCGUCGACAAAGCUAUUGACGAUUGUCUAUACACAACGAUCCACAAGCCUGAAGAAACUGCAUGGCAUUUCCUUAAAUGUUAUCACAAAAAUCAUCCGAAGUACUCGUUUUUGUAG